UCAUGCUGCUGCCAGGUCCAGAGUGUCUCAUGGGUCCCUGUACGGGCCUCCCAUUGCUGCUGUCGUCCAUCGCCACACUCUGCCAUGUGCCACUUUCAGGUCUCCUCACACUGCUGGUGGGUUCCAUUUUGUCAUAGGGUGCUGGCAGAUUACGGGCCUCCCAUUGCUGCUUGCCCGGCCCGUAAUCUGCCAUGGGCCCCUGUACCGCCUCCUCAUGCUGCUGCCAGGCCCGUAAUCUGCCAUGGGCCCCUGUACCGCCUCCUCAUGCUGCUGCCAGGCCCGUAAUCUGCCAUGGGCCCCCGUACCGACUCCUCAUGCUGCUGCCAGGCCCGUAAUCUGUCAUGGGCCCCUGUACCGCCUCCUCAUGCUGCUGCCAGGUCCAGAGUGUGUCAUGGGUCCCUGUACGGCCUCCCAUUGCUGCCGUCUCCAUCGCCACACUCUGCCAUGUGCCACUUUCAGGUCUCCUCACACUGCUGGUGGGUUCCAUUUUGUCAUAGGGUGCUGGCAGAUUACGGGCCUCCCAUUGCUGCUGCCAGGCCCGUAAUCUGCCAUGGGCCCCCGUACCGACUCCUCAUGCUGCUGCCA